AUGGAGCUUUGGAGAGCCUUGCUCUUUUAUAUUGUGGUGUUGGUGGUAAUUGAUGUAGGAGAGGCACAACUAAGACACAAUUUCUAUGAGAGUACAUGUCCAAAUGUCGAGCUCAUCGUGAGGCAAACGGUGAUGAAAAAGGUAAAGCAAACCUUCGUCACGGUUCCGGCCACCUUGAGGCUCUUCUUGCAUGAUUGCUUUGUUGAGUUUGGUUAUUUAAAAAAUCCAGUGAUAACAAGGUAUUUUAUUAAGGCUAUGCUUAAGAAGGAAGAAAACAAAAUGAUAAUGUUACGGAUAAUAGAAGCAGUAAGACAACCUAGCAUAGAAAGUCUUCUUUAUAUGGCUUUAUACGGAUGCGACGCGUCAAUCCUGAUCUCAUCCUCAAACGGAGAUGCAGAGAAAGAUGCAGACGACAACCUCUCGCUGGCCGGCGAUGGCUUCGACACUGUGAUCCAGGCCAAACAGGAGGUCGAGUCUGCUUGUCCUGGCGUAGUCUCCUGUGCUGAUAUUUUAGCGAUGGCAGCCAGAGAUGUUGUGGCACUAACUGAAAUUUUUGUAUUAACGGAAUAUGGCCGAAUUUCAUCCAAAUCCCGAGUCCCGGGCAACCUCCCAUCCCCAGACUCCAACCUCGAGCCCCUAACCUCCCUCUUCGCCAAGAACAACCUCACCCUGACCGACAUGAUCGCCCUCUCUGGUGCGCACACAGUCGGUUUCUCCCACUGCAACCGCUUCUCCGACCGCCUCUACUCCCCUUCCGGCGUUGACCCGUCGCUGAACCCUAUCUACGCUGGGCAGCUCAUGCGGGCUUGCCCGCAAAAUGUAGACCCAUCAGUCGCCAUUAACAUGGACCCCAGCACGCCCAACAGGUUCGACAAUGCAUAUUUCACAAACUUGGUGAGUGGUCGGGGACUGUUCAGGUCCGAUCAGGUUUUGUUCGGUGAUCCUACAUCGAGACCUAUUGUGAACGGGUUUGCAAGAGAUCCAAGGAGCUUCAUGCUGGCAUUUUCAGCUGCCAUGGUUAAGCUUGGGAGGGCUGGAGUGAAGAUUGGGGAUCAAGGAGGGAUCAGGAGAGACUGCUCAGUCUUCAGCUGACGCUGUGCUUAGAAUUCAAGAUAUCAAGGCAUACAAAUAAAAGAAAUUUACCGAUUUAUUAAAAUCUUUAUGAGUUGUUGAAUUCAGAAAAAUAAAUAUGGAGCUUUGUCACACAUAUAUCAAGAGUAACUGUUAUACCGAAUAUUUCCAUACGACAAAA